AUGGCUUCCUGUGUCUCUCACUACCAGUAUUGGGCGCUUAAUGUUGAGGAUGAUGCUUUGGUUCUUCCAGAGAAGUUAAAAAACACUUCGACUCCACCACUUAUGGGACUGAGGUGGAUUAAAGAACACAUGGAAGCAUUGAUGGAGGAGCAAGAUCAUGGCAUCAAAGCCAAGAUGGCAGAGGUGAAGAUGUACACUGACAUGUUAGAGAAAUUGAGGAAAGGCAAAGGAGUGUAG